UUGCGUCGAACGGACGUCUACGUAACGUAGCGCGCUACGAAGCUUGACUCGUAGAAUGUGAGACGCGUAUCAAUAUACAUUUUUUUCUAAGUGCGGUUUAAAAGUGCAAGUAUGGAUUGGAAAUUAUAUGUAACGUUUCUAACACUCCUCGUUGGGGUUUGCGGUAAUCCAGCGAAAAUUGAUUCAAAGAGAGAUCACUGCAACAAGACCGUUGAAAUAUAUGAAGAUGUAUCGUCGCCUCCGGUGACAGCUGAAAACUUCGGCCGACCUCUCACUUGUACAUAUAGGUUUAGAGCAUUUCGAGGGUCACCAAAAGACUGGAUACUUAGAAUACGAUUUAAAAAAUUCAAAGUCGGCACUCUUAUUAAUGGUACUACGUGUCACAAGGGAUAUAUGCAGAUAGUAGACGGAAAUGCGAAGACAGAUGUUUCAAAUAGAAAAGAGCCGGGUCUAUUUUGCGGAGAGAUAGAACAGCCGCAGACUUUCAUAUCCGAGACGAAUUUCGUGAAGAUAGUCUUCCACGCUGAUAACUUCACGGAUCAAACGUAUUUCAGUUUUGAUUCGAGAGCAGAACAACAGUUUGAAGUGUAUCUUAGAUACGGCCAACAUCCAGAGCUGUAUCCUAACAGGCGGGGCGAAGUUGUAGCUGGGUCGUAUUGCGAGAGAGUUUUUCGAGACUGCAGGUUGCAGACUUGCUACGUGCAGUCGGCUGCUUAUCCAGGCGUGUACCCGAGAAAUUUACAUUGCAGGUAUCACUUAAACACGAGGUUGCCCUAUAUAAAGCUGUACAUAGAGAAUGAGGAGUUCAACAUAGACGGGCAACGCUGCGAGAAUAUUAUGACGUGCCCCAUGCGACCAAUCACAUCAGGUUCAGAAAAUUGUCCUUACGACUACAUCAGGAUAUACGAUGGCAAAGACGAAUCGGCAUCCGUGAUCGGAACUUUCUGCGGCAUGGGAAAGUUUCCCUACUCCAUUAUCGGCACGUCCCAGGACCUGUUUGUUGAAUUCGUCAGCUCACCUGCAGGACCACUAUUAAAUACGGGAUUCCAUUUCAACGUUGGAAACUGGCCUGGUCAUGUAGAAGCCCCAGGAUCCAAAAUUGGAAACUGCGACUGGCUACUGACAGCAGAGUCGUUGAAGAAGUCCGGUGAUACGGAAGGGAUAUUUCUUUCUGUUGCGCAUUGGUACCCACCGCACACAUCAUGUACAUAUCUGAUGCAAGGUUUCCCUGGACAAGUUGUGAGACUGUAUUUUCCAAGUUUUCGAAUAAACCGGAUAGAAUCGCCAAUAUCACCGUGGACUGGUGACUGUGGAGAAUCACUUACGCUAUACGACGCGCCAAGACCUGAUGACGCAAAGAUAAUCAAGACCUUCUGCGACACUUUUAGCAGGCCAAUGGAGAAGCACGACUUUGUGUCUACUGGAAAUGCGAUGUUUGUGAGAUUCGAAAGUAAGACUGGAAGUUAUAGUGGUUCAUCUCUCUACUAUUGGGCCCAUUAUGACUUUUUCAACAACACAAGAUUCGGAGAACCGGUACCAGGGACAGCUUGUGAUGAAGUGAUAGCUUCGUGGAAGCAGAGAGCUGGUAGACUAAGAUCUCCUUUGAAUACUCUGGUAUAUAAACAGGCUCCUCCCGGUGAAGAUGUCCACUGUUUGUACAGAUUUGUUACGGAUAAGAGGAUUUAUGCUAGAGUUAUAUUAACCAUAUUGAGUGUCAACUUCAAGGAACAUCCGUAUACACCUGUAUCCUGUCAAAAUUGCUAUGAAGACAGAGCUGAUAAAUUGAUUAUCUGGGAACCGUUUCCUGGUGGCAAAACAAUGAAUACAACUAUGGGUAUCACAACUACACCUUUACCAUUACAUUUAGCAGUACAAAGAUCCCUUGGCUCUUGUCUCUGUGCCAAGCAUUCAAAUACUGUAUCUCGAGCAAGACCAUAUAGAGUGGUUUCAUCAGGCGAAACGUUGAAUUUACAGCUUAUCGUUGAUAAUGCACACGCAGCUGCUUCUUAUUUUAAAAAUCCUUCACCACUAUUUGAAGCUAGGUACGAGUUUGUUCAUGGCCCACUCUGCGGACCACCGGUAUUGGCUGCAGCUUUAGAAGGAGAAAUAGUUUACCCGCACUUGGAAGCCUUAGGUUACACUGAACCUCCGAAAAGAAUACAAUGUAUUUGGGACUUAGAAAUAGAAGAAAAAAGAGAUAUUUGGCUCCAUUUUGAUAGUAUUAAGUUUGCUUCACGGCAUUGCGAUGAUGGUAAUAUUCAAAUUUACCUACCUGGUCGAAUAGAACCAUACUUGUCGGUUUGUGGUGAAAAUGUAUCUUUUGCUCGUGAGCUGCCGCCGUUAUCAGCGGUUGAACUUGGCUUUGAAUCUUUAGAUGAUCCCCUAGUUAUGGAAAAAGAAAAGACUAGAUCAAUAAGAAUAGUAUUUAUCGGUAGUGCAUCACCCGCUCGUGCGUCUUUCAAAAUCGCAUGGACUGGUCUAUUCCACUUACCCAAAAAUUCUGAUGGAACAUUGAUGACUUCACGUUUAACGGAAGGCGGCUCUACUAUUUCUGAUUCAGGACACGGUUGCGAUUUUAUUUGCCCAGGUGAAGAAGCACUUUGCAUUCCAGCGAGGCUUAUAUGCAAUGGUGUUAUUAACUGUCCUAAUGUUACUUCUGGAGAAAGAAAGUUUUGGACAGCUGAAGAGAAACGAGCUAGAGAAGCUUAUUCUGAACAUAGUUUACGUCGUCUUGGUUACUUAGAUGCACUUAGUGGAAUUCCAUUGGGACAAAUACAUGAUGAAGCACCAGAACUUUGUGCAGGGGCAAGAAGUGCAGGAGGUGGGGACUGGUUAGCGCCAGCAUUAGGAGCUGGACUGGCGAUCGCAAUUGGAGUGUGUGCAUUAGGUGCCGCUUGGCGCUUAUGUUGCCGCAAACGAUCUCCAGAUGAGGAGUCAUUGGAUUACUGACACGCGGCACGCGGUGCGCCACAUGCACCGCCGACUCUUCAUUCGAGGUCUUCGUCUAGAGAUCUACAUUUAGACUGGAGUCUACAUUGACAGACACUUUAUUGAGCGCCAGGGCCUUAUAAUGUUGAUUUAAAAAAAAAUGAUGUUAAGAAAGUCUCAGAACAUUGAAAUAACACCUAAAAUUUCAUUUUUUUUUAAUUGUAAUGUAAAUCUAUUUUGCUUAUUAAUACUUUCCGUACUAAUUAUAUCUAAGCAUUAUUACUAUAUUUAAAACUGUUUUUGUGAAUCUCUCUAAUUUUCAAAUAAUCCUAAUGAAAUUGAAUGUUACUACUAACAAAUUAUAAUAAGAAUAUUACAAAUUAGUAAAACUCAAAAUACUAACUGUUCUCUGUAUCCAGGUCAUUAGAUUUUAUACGUUUAUUAACUGUGAGGAUGAUGGUUCAAGGCGCUCGCUUAUCUGUAUAUAUUAUGAAUGUAUAUAUUCUUAUAUAGUUAUCCUUAAUCCCUAUAUUUAAAGAAAGCUUCGAAUGAAUGAUCAUAGGUUAGUACACGGUGAUAAUAGUCGUAGUUUUUAAGUAAUUAUCGAAUAUGUUUAAGGUAGGUGUAAUUCAUAGUCCCUCGUCAGUUACCAAUUUGAUACCCAAUUAUUUUGAUUGAAGAACGCGACAA